GCCGAUGAGGCCAUUGAGGAGAUCACUGAGCUAUACUCUACCGCUAGAGACGAGUUCGAGAUGGCCAUGGAGGAAACCGAGAACAAGACAAUCUACGCCGAGGCCGACCGCGAAGCCGCAAGAGAAGAGUUGACAAGAGUUCAAGAAGCAUACAGAAGCAUCGUCGAAGGCGCCGACACGGAUCUGGCAGAAGAAGUCAAGAGGAGAAUUGGUCAGAGGAUCCGUGAACUAGAGGCCGGCGUGCAAAACAUGGAGGACAUAGCCAUG